AUGGCCUCUAGUAGCUACAUCGACAUGGAUCUACUACUGAAUGACGAUCUCUGGGGUCAGUUUCACCAGACACCCGCGAUGCACCCGAGCGAGCACCCGGUGCCACAUCCCAUUCCUGUUUCGCGAGAAAUGCCCGAGGUGAACCCUGGAUGGAAGGCGCCCCGUGACCAGGUCUCUGACGCCACUCGGAUUACGCCGAUGGGAAUGUCUGCGCCAGCGACACAACAGCCCUAUGUAUAUGAGAAGGAGGCCUGGCCUUGCCUCGAACAGGGUACGGCCUACUCUCUCAACCACCCCAAAGGACAUGCCCGCCAGAAUAGCCACGGAGACAUGGUCUCCAACGGCAUGCACCAGAAUAUGCCCGGGAUGGAGCAGUACAGUGCGUCCAGCGGAAUGCCCCACCGCCCAGGCCGGCAGCGGGUUGCGAGCGAGUCCGGCGCAACCGGGCACGGGCCGGCGAUGGUGGCAUCCGAGUCUGCGCCGGCCAUGUCUCAUAUGAUGAACACGCUUCCACAGCAGUGGGGUGCUCCGCUCACGCAGACGCAAAGCAGCCUCGGAGCCCCGCGCUACGCGGGAGGUGCGCACCCUUACGCCCAAGGCCGCCGUGGCGAUUGGCCCGGCUCCAUGUCCCGAUCGCAGGGCCGCUCACAAACGUCGCGGAUGCGCCCCGGCCGGUCCAACUCGGAGCUGACCGAGUGCUCUGACCUGACGGUCGACGCAGGCGACACGACGCAUUCGGACGGUGAUAAUGGCGACGAUGUCGAGUCGGUGCGCAUGUCGCUCAUGUCGAUCAACGAGAUGGAAGCGCGAAAACUCUCCGACAAGCGCCGCAAGCGCCGCGAGUCCCACAAUGCGGUGGAACGUCGCCGGCGCGACAACAUCAACAGCCAGAUCACGGAGCUCGCGACGCUCCUCCCCGAGAACAUGCUGCUGGAUGCCAUCACAACCUCGACGCAAGGCGGGAACAGUGGCUCGUGGACUUUUGGCCCCGACACGGCUGUCAAGGUGGCGCAGAACCGCUCGUGCUUUGGCACCUGGCGCUCGGUCCCCGGCAAGGAGCCCGAGCCUGCGCCGCCCAGCUUGGGCGGCGAGGACGACAAUGGCAUCCCGAAGGAUUCAUGCCUGAACAUGUCGUCGUUUGCCAGCUUUGCGGCGGAGCUUGCGCCUGUGAACGCAGACAACCCUGCGCUGGCCGCUGCGCAGGCCAAGCCCAACAAAGGCAUUAUUCUCCGCAAGAGUGUCGAAUACAUUCGGCAGCUGCAGCAAUUUUUGGACAUGCAGAUGAACCGGAACAGCAUGCUGGAAUGGGAGCUGCGGCAGCGAUACACCAUGCAACGGCGACCUUCUGAUACUGUUUCGCCGCUCGUGGCCGACCAGGGCUCGCCGUCGUCGAUCGAGAGCCACGAGCGCCCCGAUCCGUCGCAGCACCGCGAGACGCCACCGACGGUGGCCGCAUGGAAUAUGAACCAAAAAGCUCCUGCUCCUCACCAAGUCUUCAACGGUCUCCCAGGAGGUAUAACACACGCCCCACACACAUUUUCGGACGACCCCAGCGUGAUCAAGCUCGAGCAGGAGUACUACGCGCCGGUUCCGACCAACUAG